CCGCCUCUCCACAUCGCAGCAUCCGCAGUCCCCCCAGCCCACACCUUCCAACCAAGCACCAAGCUCCACCGCCGUCGAAGCACCCAUGGCACCCAAGGCGGAGAAGAAGCCGGCGCCGGAGAAGACCCCGGCGGGGAAGAAGCCCGCGGCGGAGAAGAGGCCCGCGGCCGGGAAGACGGCGUCCAAGGAGGGCGGGGGCGAGAAGAAGGGGAAGAAGAAGGCCAAGAAGAGCGUGGAGACGUACAAGAUCUACAUCUUCAAGGUGCUCAAGCAGGUGCACCCCGACAUCGGCAUCUCCUCCAAGGCCAUGUCCAUCAUGAACUCCUUCAUCAACGACAUCUUCGAGAAGCUCGCCGGCGAGUCCGCCAAGCUGGCCCGCUACAACAAGAAGCCCACCAUCACGUCGAGGGAGAUCCAGACCUCCGUCCGCCUCGUCCUCCCCGGCGAGCUCGCCAAGCACGCCGUCUCCGAGGGCACCAAGGCCGUCACCAAGUUCACCUCUUCUUAGGCUUCAUCCUUGUAUCAUGAGUUGAUGGCGGUGUUCUGUGUGUAGUUAGCAGUGCGAUGUUACAAUCUCUGUAAGAAUUGUGCUGCUUGUGGGUCUGAAGAAUUAGUCAGGUUGCUGUCUGAAUUA